UCCCUUGAGUGGAAGUCAACACUUGGUCGGGCUGCCUGUCGCGUGCCAUGGCUGCUCUUUGCCGGAUACUUCUCCUGCUCUCUGUGGCUGCGGCCUCUGCCGAGACACGCCGGGCCCCGCGGACAAAGAGAGGGUUACUGGAGCUGGCGGGGGUCAUCAAAUGCAGCACGGGGAGAUCGGCCUUGGCUUAUAUGAUGUACGGAUGCUACUGUGGAGUGGGGGGUCAAGGCUGGCCCCGGGACCGGGCGGACUGGUGUUGCCACAGACACGAUUGCUGUUAUGGAGAUGCAGAAAGCCUCGGCUGCCAAACCAAAACAGACCAGUACCAGUGGACGUGCGAGGACAAGAAAGCGGACUGCGAUGGUUUGAAAGACAAGUGUGAAAAGCUGCUGUGCAAGUGUGACAGAGACGCUGCCAAAUGUUUGAGGAAAGCACCGUUCAUCUCCAAAUUCGCCCUGUGGCCCGAUUUCCUCUGCGGCCACGAACACCCAAUGUGUAAUAUUUACUGACGCAAUAAAUGCCUUUUUGGAAAUAAAGCAUGUCACAGCAAUAA